UAAACCUGUCGUCAGUCCACCGACUGCACAGGCGGAAAACACGGGAGCGUUCAUGGCUGCCUGAUCGACUCAGUUGUGUGUGGGGGGUAUUUUUUUUCGUCUUUUUCGAGGCCGUGAAACCGGAACCGACGCUCUUCAGUCCGCGAGGAAUGCAGCAAAGCAAACAGUCGCUUUAAGCGGGUAACUUUAGGCUAAACGAGUCGGUGAAGCAAGAAUAGCUCUUAGCGACACUCGGCGGAAGUCUGAAGGAUUAAAUCCGGGGCUUGAAGUGGAGUUGGGGGUUUAAAACUGCGCUUUUUGCUACUUUACGCCAAUUUCAGAAAACUUUUUUCAGAUGGCAAUAUAUCAUGCAUGUUUUGCAACAGGUAGACCCAUCGCAAACAUGAUGAAACACAAACAUUUGGCCGCUUAGUAGUGUUACGCGGUUAACUUUGGAUCGUAGAGCUUUCGGUGUGUUGAUCUGGCUUUUCUUUGAUAUUUAGUUUGCGUUUAAAACUGGUUACAAUUGAGACACCUCAAAUAUGCAGGUUAUGCAGGUGAACGACUCGGUCUAGCCCCGGAGUGCGCACCGAAAAUGUUGGAUGAGACGGACACUUCGCUCCAGAAUCUGAUGCUGAUGUGAAGAGGAGGCGGAAACCCCCACGAUCACCUAACCUACGAUCAGCUCCUCGUCUGCGAUCAUCUUCGUGAGUUUAUGCACCAAAAUGUCGGCCAUCACUGCAUCCGAGAAGGUGGAUGGCUUCACGAGGAAGUCCAUGAGGAAGGCGCAGAAACAGAGAAAAUCCCAGGGCUCGUCCCAGUACCGAAGUCAGAGCUCCGUGGUGGAGCUCUCCCCGCUGCCGCAGCUCAAAGACGCCUCCUCUGCAGAGCAGCAGGAGCUUUUCACCCAGAAACUCCAACAGUGCUGCACCAUCUUUGACUUCCUGGACUCGUUGGUGGACCUAAAGAGCAAAGAGGUGAAGAGGGCCACGCUGAACGAGCUGGUGGUCUACGUCUCCACCAACAGAGGAGUUCUGGUGGAGGCAGCGUAUCCGCAGAUCGUCAAAAUGAUCUGCACCAAUAUUUUCCGGGCUCUUCCUCCCAGUGAAAAUCCAGAUUUUGACCCAGAAGAAGAUGAACCCACUCUUGAAGUGUCAUGGCCGCACAUCCAGCUGGUGUAUGAGUUCCUCCUGCGCUUCUUGGAGAACCCGGACUUUCAGCCCAGCAUUGCAAAGAGAUUUAUUGAUCAGAAGUUUGUUUUACAGCUGCUGGAGCUGUUCGACAGCGAGGACCCGAGGGAGCGGGACGUCCUGAAGACCAUCCUGCAUCGGAUUUAUGGGAAGUUCCUGGGCCUGCGAGCCUUCAUCAGGAAGCAGAUCAACAACAUCUUCUUGAGGUUCAUAUAUGAAACCGAACACUUUAACGGUGUUUCUGAACUGCUGGAGAUUCUGGGAAGCAUUAUUAACGGGUUUGCCUUGCCUCUGAAGGCAGAACACAAGCAGUUCCUGAUGAAGGUGCUCAUCCCGUUACACACAGCUAAAGGACUGGUUCUUUUCCAUGCACAGCUGGCUUACUGUGUGGUUCAGUUCUUGGAGAAAGAUCCCACGCUUACAGCGCCGGUGAUCCAGGGCCUGUUAAAGUUCUGGCCCAAAACCUGCAGCCAGAAAGAGGUGAUGUUCCUGGGGGAAAUCGAAGAGAUCCUGGAUGUCAUCGAGCCAUCGCAGUUCAGAAAAAUCCAGGAGCCGUUGUUCAAGCAGAUCUCCAAGUGUGUGGCCAAUCCACACUUUCAGGUAUCAGAGCGUGCUCUGUACUUCUGGAAUAACGAGUACAUCGUCAGUCUCAUUGAGGAACACAUCGAGAACGUUCUUCCCAUCAUGUUUGACUGCCUGUUCACGAUCUCUAAGGAGCACUGGAACCCGACCAUCGUAGCUCUGAUCUACAAUGUCAUGAAGGCCAUGAUGGAGAUGAACUUGAACCUGUUCGACGAGCUGGCGACCUCGUAUAAAGAAGACAAAAUGCGGGAGCAGCAGAAGGCGCAGGAGAGGGAUGAGCUAUGGCGGAAGCUGGAGGAGCUGAGGCUCAGCCAUGCCGCCUCAGUCCAGAUCAAUAGCCACGGGAUUCCCAGUUUCCAAAACAGUAAUAACAACAACAAUAACAACAACAGCCACCUGGACAGCAGUGGUGAUGAUGAUGCUGUUACUCACAAGGGCGAAAAAACGUGUGAUGAUUCCGAGGUAAUUGUAGGGGUCCUGUGUACCAAAGAAGAUCUCCUCCAGGACAUUAGAAAUGACAGUGUCCUUGAGAAUAUUGAAUGUAUGUCAUGUGAAAAUAUCGUGGUGGGGGAGGUGUCCGACAUCAUUUUGGACGCUUGCGUAAUGCAUGGGGAUGAUGCGGUCACUCACAAGGGCGACAAAAUGUGUGACGACUCCGAAGUAAAUAUAGGGGUCCUACGUACUGAAGAUGUCGACCAUUAUGAUGAUGAUUUAUAUGGAAGCACAAAUACGGCAAGUCAAAAUGUCAAUGAUGAAAAUUAAAUGGUCGGAUGUUUGGUGUGUGACAAUGUCGCUGAGGAGGUGUGUUUAAUAGAAAAAAAUGACAAAUCAAUGCGGCUGCCAAUAUUUUAUUCUGAACAAAUUGGAUGCGGCAGUCAGGAUGUCAGGAUUUGAACGGAUGUGACAUCACAAGUCACACCUCAGCAGUAUGAUAUGUAGAUUGAGCUCGAAGCGCCAGCAUUUCUUUGGCAGGACAAACAAACAAACAAAGCUAGAUAUGAAUGUAUCUUCAACUUAAGGACUAUUUUUGAAUGUUACAGCGCGGCUGUUUCUGUCUGUCACGCUUAGUAUCCAUGUUGUGUGUGACGCGCGGGAGAGGCAGGGAGGAAACGAUGACUUUAAUGUUCGUCCCUCUGCCGCACUUAGAAAAGCUGAACAGCUAUUUAAAAGAUGUCUAUUUUGAAUGCUGCUGCCAACACUUGGGUGCAAACCUGAAAAAGAGAGAUGAGCUGCUGGGACCAUAUAAAUACUGAAAUCUGUAUGUGUAUUUAGAAAGGUGAAUGGAUGAAUCAUGGCCAAAAAAGAUUUUAGUUUUAGAUUAAAAACAAAUUAAGGAAAUAUAUUUUUCAGGCUAUUUUUGUGUUGCAGGUGUUGGUGAAAGGUUGAAAAUGUGAUGCUAACAUGGUCCUUGAUGUCAUUUAUGUAAAAUUCACACUGAUUUGGAAAAAAAAGGGCUUAAAAAAGAAUUUAAAAUGUUUUGCGGGAAUAGUUCAGCCUUUGACCUUUUCAUGUUUAGAGAAAAAUAACUUUGCUCUGUCCUGAGAUAAAAAAAAGAAGCAAAUGCAUUUUUAAAAACACCAGUGAGCACAUUUAGAGGUUUCUGACCUGCACCAGCACCGAGUAGUUGGGUGGUUCUGCUCGUAAUUAUGAGAAUGUUUCAUUUCAAUCAGCUGAUUUUAAAAGAUGAAAAACUAUUUUUAAGGGUGUUGAGGAAUGAUAUUUUCAUUAUAUAAAGAGAUGCAGGGUGUGUGUGUGUGUGUGUGUGUGUGGGGGGGGGGGGUGCGCGUGUGUGCGUGCGUGUGUGUGCGUGUGUCUGUGUGUGUGUGUGUUUUAGGUUUGGAGGCUACUGAAAGGGAAAACGCCACUCUUUUUCUCUUUUGUACAGUUAAACGUUCCCGUUUCCGGAGCUGAAGAACUUCGACGUGUCCGAGCAAAGGAAGCUUAAACUCAUCUACAUGUAUUCCUAACAAAGACACACUGUGAGGUGACAUUACAAAGACAAUAAAAGUACCAGAAAAUCCGUAAACCACCAGCUGUUCCUGAUCCUCUGAUGGUUAUUAAAUGAAAUGACUGCUACUGAUCACAGGAA